AUGUGGACUGCCAGUAAUCAAAGGAAAGGCUAUAUGGCAGUCACUUCACAUUUCAUUGAUAAUGCGUGGAAGUUGCAAAGUCGAAUCAUAAGGUUUCUUUAUGUCCCUGCCCCACAUAAUGUCGAGGUUCUUGCCGAUGCAUUAAAACAAUGCAUUCAAUCAUGGAACUUGGAUUUGAGAUUGGCAUCUAUCACAGUAGAUAAUUGUACGACUAAUGAUGCUAUGAUGGACAUCAUGAAGGACUCUUUCCCAUAUGGUUCUCUACUUUUGGAUGGGAAAACUGGCUCUGAUAAGAGAGUGCAAAAGUUUGAAGGUGUAGCUAAUCAAUUAGCCUCCGGUUACAAAAGGAAAUUAACCCUUGAUUGUAAAACUCGUUGGAAUUCAACAUAUGAAAUGCUUUGUGUUGCUAUUAAUUAUAAGGAAGUGUUUGCUGUUUUAAGUGGUCGAGAUAAAUUAUACAGAAACCUACCAAGUCCUGAAGAUGGGGAAAAAGUUGGGAAAAUAUGUGAGUUAUUGGAAGUGUUUUCUAAUCUUACUCUUGAUUUCUCUGCGUCAAAAACCCCCACGGCUAAUAUUUACUUUUCUAAAAUUUGCAAACUUAAAAUUGCGCUAUCUACUUGGCUUUCAUCUCCAUAUGAUUAUGUUGUGAAGAUGGCGGAAGUAAUGUUAGAGAAAUAUAAGAAAUAUUGGGAUAGUAUGAAUGGUUUGAUGGGAGUUGCAACUAUACUUGAUCCUAGGUAUAAAAUGGCUCUUAUAAGAUUUUAUUUUGCAAAGAUAUAUGAUAAAUAUGAGUAUGAUAGAGAGGUUAGUAGAAUUAGCAAUCUAUUAAGGAGAUUAGUUGAUGAAUAUGAGUCUAGGAGUGAGAAUACUCAAAGUAAGAGGCAACUACCUUCCAAUUUAGCAAGUGGUGGGAGUUCUUGUGAUGAUGUUGAUAUGGAAGAGUUUGCACAAUUUCUUGAGCGAGACAAAAAUCAAACUUAUGAAAAAUCUGAUUUGGACAAGUAUUUGGAAAAUGCUAACAUACCACUUGAAGAUAAUUUUGAUAUUCUAAUUUGGUGGAAAACAAAUGGAAGCACAUACCCCGUUCUUCAACAAGUAGCACGGGAUAUUUUGAGUAUUCCUAUUUUUACGGUUCCAUCCGAAUCAGCUUUUAUCACAAGUGGUAGAGUUCUUGAUCUUUAUCGUAGUCAACUACUACCUCAAGCCGUUGAAGCUUUAAUGUGUUCUCAAAAUUGGAUUUGGGCUGGCCUCAACAAUUGUGGAGAAUUCAAGGACAAGGAUUUUUCUAAACUUGUUGGAGAGUUGGAAGAAGAAUGCGAAAUGGAAUUUGAUAGUGAUGAGAUUAUUCUGGAUUGA